GGGAGGUCAGUUGAUUCAAGCACUCGCAGAAACCCACUUGAAUGGAACACAAAAUUUCCUUGAAACUGCGUAGUUUGGUACUCAAAAUCACAAACGUUAAGAAUCGGGUAAUUUCAUUAAGAAAAUUACACUGUAACCUACAAUAUGCGAUGUUUUCGUCAAACCGAAGUACCUUACAUUAUAAGGAGCUCAAAUAGAACCUCAUAUAGUUAGAGAUGCUGGUUAACAUACCACCACAAACGUUCAGCAGCUUUUUACAGGUUUCUGUGACUGUCUAUGUUAAUGAGCAUCUUUCUUUGGCAAACAAGAUACUCUUCAAAGAAGCAAGAACAGUUGCUAAAAAUAAAAAGUAUAAAUUCGUAUGGACCAAAGGUGGACAGAUAUUUGUCAGAAAAGAUGAUACCUCCAAGACUAUUCACAUUAGUGGUGCUGAAGCAACUAAAAAUAUCAAAUAA